CGGAGUCUGAGGCGGCGGGCGCGGGGGUCGCCGGGAGCUGCGGGCCUGCCACGGCCGCCCGGCCCUGAGGCGAGGAGGGGGCGGCGCCCCGGCCCCCGGCGCGGGAUGAGCUCUGCCGCCGCCAAGCCUAUACUUUAUAGCUAUUUCCGAAGUUCCUGCUCUUGGAGAGUGAGAAUCGCACUGGCUCUGAAAGGGAUUUCCUAUGACCUGGUGCCUGUGAACCUCUUGAAGGAUGGGGGACAGCAGUUUUCUGCUGAAUUCAAGGCAGUGAAUCCAAUGCAGCAAGUCCCAGCCUUGAAAAUUGAUGGCAUCACCCUUUCUCAGUCGCUAGCUAUAAUUCAUUACCUAGAAGACAUCUGUCCUAACCCCAGGCUCCUGCCCCAAGAUCCAAAGAAGAGAGCCCAAGUCAGAAUGAUCGCUGAUCACAUUGUCUCUGGCAUUCAGCCACUCCAGAACCUGAGUGUCCUGAAGCAAAUCGGGGAGAAAAAAAUGGAAUGGGCUCAGAACUGCAUCGCAUCUGGCUUUCAAGCACUGGAGCAGAUUCUGCAGCACACUGCUGGGCGCUACUGUGUGGAGGACGAAGUUUCCAUGGCUGACCUGUGCUUGGUGCCUCAAGUUUCCAAUGCUGAAAGAUACAAAGUGGAUAUGAGUCCAUAUCCCACAAUAACCAGAAUAAACAAAGCUCUCCUUGAGUUAGAGGCAUUCAAAGUAAGCCACCCCUCCCGGCAGCCAGAUACUCCUGCAGAGCUACGAGCUUGAAGCCCUUCUACUCAUUAAAUCAAGUACUGUGAAGACCAAACAGCAGGCAAUACAGUUCACUAGCACAUGGCAGAAAACUACCCCUAGCUUGAAAGGCAGAUUUCCAGGGAGACUAAGGGGUCUGUACCCCCCACAGCCUACAGACACCAACUAAGACAGCGCAGGAAUUUCUGGUCCCACACCAGAGAGGAUAGUACCACUGUAUUUUGACUAGUGGGACAGAUUGGCAACUGGGUCUGAUCACAAGCACUGUUUAAACCUGGCUUCAAAGAGAAAGUGCAAAGGAAGAUGAUAGCUCCUGGGUCUGCAAGAGGAUCUUACCAACGUGCAGAAGGCUGUCCUGCGAGGAGGGGGACUGGUGUGUACUCCAUGAAACCUGACAGCCAGGAGAAAGGCAGGUGAAGUGUUCAAAAAGCUCAACAUCAUAACUAGACAAAAAACUUCCACACUCUGGCACAUCAGCAACCUGACUUCUCUAUUACCCAGCUUUUUCCAAAAAAAGUCUCUUGUUUUUGCCCAUUCCCUCC